AUGGACAACGAGGAGGCUAACUCAUCCUGCAGUCCAUCCAAAUUCAGGCCUAUUAUUAUCACGAAUAGGAAAGGUGAUGAGGAAACCCUUUCUCCUGGCAGAAAAACCCUGAAGAAGUGGCUGGGCCGAAAGAUCAGGGUGGUUCUCCAGAACAAGCUCGUCCUGAUCGGCAUCUUCAGCUGCACGGAUCACGACGAGAACCUGGUGCUCUUCGACUGCGCCACCUUUGUGCCGGAGUACGAGAAGCCGAUCUCGGUGGGGAAAGUCAUAGUGCCAGGUCACCAAAUAUCCACGGUGUCCAUGGACAUGCGAUCGGAUGAGCAGGAGCAACUAGGUGGAUCGGAGGAUAAAUACCCCAAGGAAGAACUUUAA